AUGGACGGAGACAAUAGUGGUGUGCACAAUGAAUUUGACCUCUUCAUGACAAGCACACACAACCACCUAUUCCAGCACAACCAUAGUGAUGAGAUGGAUGACCUGCCUGGAGCCUCUACUAUCGUGGGCAACACUGAUGAUGCCAACGUUGUUGUUGCAGACCACGACAACAACGAUGGAGAGACCCAUAGUGAGCAGACAAUGGCCACAAGGCGUGCAAAGUAUCAUCGUCUGCGCAGUGAACAAAUCCAACAACUUGAAGCGUACAAUACAUACUCAAUCAAUGUUUCUGUGUUCUGGGAUUGCCCUUAUCCAAAUGAGAAACUCCGGAAGGACCUUAGCGAGAGGCUUGGCAUGAGUGCCCAGCAGGUCAAGUUUUGGUUCCAAAAUAAACGCACCUUCAACAAGGGCAAGAUGCAGCGGUGGGAGACCCAAAAUUGUUGGAUAGAAAACAAGAAGCUGAAAACUGAACGUCAAGCCAUCAUGUUGGCUAUGCAAAACAAGACUUGCCUCAAAUGCAGAGGGGUGAUGGUACAAACACAACAUACUUCGGAGUUCCAACGCCUAUACACCGAGAAUAUGAGGCUCAAGGAAGAACUCCUACACGCCACUGCCUAUCUUAAAGAGGGUCUUCGCCGAAAUGGCAUGUCGCUCCCAUCGGCCCGCGACUGA